GGGAGAGAGAGAGAGAGAGAGAGAGAGAUUAACAUUGAGUAGGAGGCAGGCGCAGUAGCAGACUCCUAUAUCCGCCUGACGGAGACGGACGGUGCCAGCUGCUAGCUACGUUAGCAACUAGCUUCAGAGUCGUAGCACGUUUGCUACAUAUGAGCAAGAGAGAGAGAGAGAGAGAGAGAGAGAGAGAGUGUGCGCGUGUGUGUCGACGCUUUGAGAGCGCGCCUGGCCGUCCCGAAGUCACCCCUGUGUGUGUGUGCGCGUGCAAAAGUGUGUGUAUGUGUGUGUAAACCCAAGGAUCUCCCUCUUCCUCUCUGCAGCGUGUCUGUCAUUGAGUGUGUGUGUGUGUGAGUGUCAGUGAGUGUGAGUGUGUGUGUGAGGUUAGCAGGAAAAGUAGCACACGCACGCACCCAUAUAAACACAGCGUGACAGUCGACUGUUUACACUCGGUGUCCGGUGACUUGACAGCGGAUUCGCAUCACUUACCGACACCGGCGCAAGAGGCAGCAUGAUGUUGUUAAGAUGCGCUGCGGUCCAAGGCGGCCUCAGCCUGUUGGCCGUGAGGCGCGUGUGUCUUCUCUCCCGCUUCGCCCACUCGGCCCCGCAGAAAAUCGAGUAUCGACCAAUCAAGAAGGUCAUGGUGGCCAAUAGAGGUGAGAUAGCUAUCCGUGUGUUCAGAGCCUGCACUGAACUGGGGAUUCGAACCGUGGCCGUUUACUCUGAGCAGGACACUGGACAGAUGCACAGGCAGAAGGCGGACGAGGCUUACCUGAUCGGGAAAGGCCUGGCCCCUGUCGCUGCCUACCUGGACAUCCCUGACAUCAUCAAAGUAGCCAAGGACAACAAUGUGGAUGCUAUCCACCCAGGCUACGGUUUCCUCUCUGAGCGUGCAGACUUUGCUCAGGCCUGCGCUGACGCAGGGGUGAUGUUUGUUGGCCCGAGCCCAGAGACGGUCCGUAAGAUGGGGGACAAGGUGGAGGCUCGCUCCCUGGCCAUCAGUGCAGGUGUACCUGUGGUCCCAGGAACUAAUUCCCCCAUCUCCUGCCUGCACGAUGCGCAGGUGUUUGCCCAAACGUACGACUUCCCCAUCAUCUUCAAAGCAGCCUUUGGUGGAGGUGGCCGAGGGAUGAGGGUGGUCAGGGAGUACGAGGAACUCGAGGAGAAUUACCAGCGGGCCUACUCGGAAGCCCUGUCGGCAUUCGGGAAUGGAGCUCUGUUUGUCGAGAAGUUUAUUGAAAAGCCGCGACACAUCGAAGUACAGAUCCUCGGUGAUAAGUACGGUAAUGUCAUCCACCUCUACGAGAGAGACUGCUCCAUUCAGCGGAGACACCAAAAGGUGGUGGAGAUUGCGCCGGCCUUCCAGCUGGACCCUCAUCUGAGAGACAGACUUCACGCUGAUGCCGUCAACCUGGCCAGACAGGUGGGAUAUGAGAACGCUGGGACCGUGGAGUUCCUGGUGGACAAACAUGGCAAACACUUCUUCAUCGAAGUCAACUCCCGACUCCAGGUUGAACACACAGUCACAGAAGAAAUCACAGAUGUGGACCUGGUGCAUGCCCAGCUGCGUGUGUGUGAGGGCCGCAGCCUGCCGGAGCUGGGCCUCAAACAAGACAAGAUCAGGGUGAACGGCUGCGCCAUCCAGUGCAGAGUGACGACGGAAGACCCGUCCAGAGGCUUCCAGCCAGACACCGGCAGGAUUGAGGUCUUCCGAAGCGGCGAAGGCAUGGGCAUCCGUCUGGACAGCGCCUCGGCCUUCCAGGGCGCCGUCAUCUCGCCCCACUACGACUCCCUGCUGGUGAAAGUCAUCGCCAGCGGGAAGGACCUGCAGACAGCGUCCUCCAAGAUGAGCCGUGCCCUGGCCGAGUUCAGAGUACGAGGGGUCAAGACAAACAUCCCGUUCCUCCAGAAUGUGCUGUCCAACCACCAGUUCCUCCACUCCACCGUGGACACCCAGUUCAUCGACGAGAACCAGGAACUGUUCAACCUCAAACCCACUCAGAACCGAGCCCAGAAGCUCCUGCACUACCUGGGUCAUGUGAUGGUAAAUGGACCAACUACACCCCUUCCUGUCAAGGCUAAGCCCUCCUCCAUAGACCCUGUCCUCCCUCCUGUCACCAUGGGCGACCCUCCAGUAGGUUUCCGCGACGUGCUGCUGCGCGAUGGUCCCGAAGGAUUCGCCAAGGCCGUGCGCGCCCACAAAGGUCUGCUCCUGAUGGACACCACGUUCCGGGACGCUCACCAAUCGCUCCUGGCAACCAGGGUUCGGACCCACGACCUGAAAAAGAUCUCGCCAUUCGUCAGCCACAACUUCAGCAACCUUUACAGCUUGGAGAACUGGGGAGGUGCCACCUUCGACGUGGCCAUGCGCUUCCUGUCAGAGUGCCCAUGGAAGCGGCUCCAGGAGCUGAGAGCUUUGAUCCCAAAUGUCCCUUUCCAGAUGCUGCUGAGAGGGGCCAACGCUGUGGGCUACACCAACUACCCUGAUAACGCUGUUUUCAAGUUCUGCGAGGUGGCCAAGGAGAACGGAAUGGACAUCUUCCGCGUUUUUGACUCCCUGAACUACCUGCCGAACAUGCUGCUGGGCAUGGAGGCUGCCGGAUCCGCAGGCGGCGUCGUGGAGGCCGCCAUCUCGUACACGGGCGACGUGUCUGACCCAAUGCGGCAGAAGUACUCCCUGGACUACUACUUGAAACUGGCAGAUGAGCUCGUCAAAGCUGGAACCCACAUCCUGUGUAUCAAGGAUAUGGCCGGCCUGCUGAAGCCAGAGUCCAGCAAGCUCCUGGUCCGCGCUCUGAGAGAGCGUUUCCCAGAUGUGCCCAUCCAUGUGCACUCACACGACACAGCUGGAGCCGCUGUAGCCGCCAUGCUGGCCUGUGCCGAGGCUGGAGCUGACGUAGUUGAUGUGGCUGUGGACUCUAUGGCUGGUAUGACUUCUCAGCCCAGCAUGGGAGCCAUAGUGGCCUGUGCCAAGGGGACUGAGCUUGACACUGGCAUCGCUCUGGAGAAAGUGUUUGACUACAGUGAGUACUGGGAAGUAGCCAGAGGCCUGUAUGCUCCGUUCGACUGCACCGCCACCAUGAAGUCAGGAAACGCUGACGUCUACGAGAACGAGAUCCCAGGAGGACAGUACACCAACCUCCACUUCCAGGCUCAUAGUAUGGGACUGGGGAAUAAAUUCAAGGAGGUGAAGAAGGCCUACACUGAAGCCAACAAACUACUAGGGGACCUCAUUAAGGUGACACCGUCCUCAAAGAUCGUGGGUGACCUGGCUCAGUUCAUGGUGCAGAACAACCUGACGCGGGCGGAAGUGGAGGAGAGAGCAGACGAGUUAUCCUUCCCCCUCUCUGUGGUGGAGUUCCUGCAGGGACACGUCGGGAUACCACAUGGCGGAUUCCCCGAGCCCUUCAGAUCUAAGGUGCUGAAGUCUCUCCCCCGUAUCGAGGGUCGUCCCGGUGCCUCGCUUCCACCUCUGGACUUCAAGGCCCUGGAGGAGGGGCUGCGAGCUGCACACGGCGACGAGAUCACCCCCGAGGAUGUGAUGUCAGCCGCCAUGUACCCCAAGGUGUUCCAGGAGUUCAAGGACUUUACAUCUAACUUUGGCCCAGUGGAUUGUCUAGGCACCAGACUGUUCCUGGAUGGACCCAAGAUCGCAGAGGAGUUUGAGGUGGAGCUGGAGAGAGGGAAGAUCCUCCACAUCAAGGCGCUGGCACUGGGUGACCUGAACAAGGCCGGUCAGAGAGAGGUCUUCUUUGAGCUGAACGGACAGCUGAGAUCUGUGCUGGUUAAAGACACCCUCGCCAUGAAGGAAAUGAAGUUCCAUCCCAAGGCCCAGAAAUCUAUCAAGGGUCAAGUGGGAGCACCCAUGCCUGGAAAAGUCCUGGAGGUCAAAGUGGAGGUCGGAUCCAAGGUGGAGAAGGGUCAGCCGCUGUGUGUCCUCUCAGCCAUGAAGAUGGAGACCGUGGUCAACUCCCCGAUGGCCGGGACCAUUAAGGUAGUCCAUGUCACGACUGACUCCUCCCUGGAGGGAGAUGACCUGAUACUGGAGAUCGAGGAGUAAAGAAAGAGAGAGAGAGAUGGAGGGAGGGGGAGGUUAGACAAUCUGAUGUGGGAAAUUGUGAGAGGUUGACACUGUGGGGGGUGCAGGGGUGGGGCGGGACAGGAACCCUUCAAAGACAGAUCUCUUCUGUGGGUGUGCAGGACAUUUCAACCUCCAGUUUGUAUAUAUUGUGUUCAGUUACCCCUGACACACAAAAGAAGCACAGCUCCCACACGCCCUGAUGUGAUGUGUGUAAAGAGUUAAUAUGAUGAUCCUAUUAAUUCAUUUGAUGGGAACUCCUGAUAAUCUCCAAGUUAAUUCCUGAGAUGUGGUGAUACGUUCCAAACAAAAUAUCACUGUCAAGUUGUUGAAAAAAACAUAUUUUAGAAUAAUAUACUCACUUAAUAGUCUUAAAUGUGAUGUACGACAAUAAGCUAAUCAUGUGUAACAUCUAGUUUCCAUUUCUAUGCUGUGGAUGUUACCUAAGAUAUUAAAAGUGAAACUAUAAUAAUGACAACUAAAUGUUUUUCUUCGUAGUCAGUAGGAUUCAGGCUGAGGAUUGUUUUACCAAAUCAUUUCUUCAUAUGGGAACAAGACAUCAAUCAUAUCACUGACUUUAGUCUCUGCAUUCUGGGAAUGUAAGAUCACGUUUAGACUCAAAUUCACUUUUGUAUGGGCACAAACUUCAGAAGGUCACACGGGGAGUGAAGAAAAAAAAACAAUCACAUUAUUUUGUCCAACCUGCUUUAAAUGAUAAAUAUGUGAUUAAUAUUUUCACAAUAAGAGCACAACAAAGCAUAUGGCACUACUUCCCAUCGACAUGGAUACAGUUAAACAUGCCAGAAUGUUAGAUAUUGUAUCAAAGGGGAAAAUUUAUCCUGUUAAUGUCUCACUAGUAUUAUGAAAUGAUAUUUAAACAAUCUGUGCUUAUGUUUAAAAUGUUUCCCCACUUGCGUCUGUCUUUGAAAUCCCGAACCAGAGGCAAGUUGUCACCAGAGAGUUUAAAUGAAGCUGCAGGCCACAGUGGAAACACCCACACUGGAUCACAGAUGUGAUUUUUACAAAGUAACUUGGUUUAAAUGUGUCUGUCUUAAUCCGAAGGCAGCGGUAAGGUGGCCCGACUAAACCAGUGGGGCUCAAUCAGAGACUUCAAGUGGCUUCACGGGCCUUUUAAAUCGUGUGAUGUUGGAAAAGUUGUGAGAGGAGUCGUUCCGCUCUCUCUCCUCAGCACCAGGCAGAGAUCAUGGGGAAUGGUCUUCUGUCUGUGUGGGGAUUUUGAUGCAGGUGUAAAUGGGAUUACAUGCUGGUGUAAUGGAGGCAUGUGGUGGUAUUUUCUGAGCCUCUGCUGAUUAAUUCUGUCAAAUGAUGUGAAAUUAGCCGGACUAAUAAGAGACUCUCGAGACGCCCAGUAGAAGCUCUCGGCUUUAUAUUUCUCAUGCGUGUUUGCAUAAAUGAGUCUGUGUUGAAGCAAAUUUCCAGACAAAACUGACGGGUCCCUGUAACGUUGCACCAUCGUAGCUGAAAUAUUCAGACACACGCACUGAUGCAAAACAUUCACACCAACACUCCUCGCCCUUGAGUGCUGCCUGGAUCAAAACCUACCACUACAUCUCCAUAGUAACACUAUUUAACAGCAAUGCAGCGGCGGCCCUGUUCUGUUGUCAGAUGAGGUUGUUAAAUACUAAAAUUAAACUCAGAAGAUCAGACUCCGCUAACGUCACGUUUCAACUCCCUGCCAGUCAAACUGAAUGUUCUGUGACCAGAGAACGUAGACAACCCAGAACAGACAACAGCUUCUUUUUCCAGAACGCCUGUGCGACUGGGACAGGCCACAUUGAUCGAGACACACAAUUGAACUUGAAUCGGUUUGUUCUCGACUGGAUCGCUUCCUGAUUUUUUUUUGCACCAUUACCUCUGAGAAUGUGUCCCCUUUUGAACUAUGCAUCGAUACCGAGCAGCGACGCCACACUUAAUUAGAACACUGGCAUGUCUCCUCGCUCUCCCAGCCGGCCGCUAUGCCUCGCUGUCCCUCCUGGCUGCAACAUUCGGUGUGGGUCUAUGAAUGAGAGGUUUAAUGUACUGGUCCUUCCUGCUCUCCUUUUUGUUUUUAGCUCAUCUCAUUUAUCUGCUUUUCCUCUCCAUCGCCCUCCCAUCCACUGUGUAAAUUUGCACAUGUAAGAUGUUGGUAUCAACUCAUGCAAUAAUGUAAACUGUACUGCAGUGUUUCUCUAUGUCUUAGCCAGCCGCAAUUCCAAUAACUGUGCUUAUGACAAUGUACUACAAUUUAGUGUCUGGGGGAUUAGAAAAAGUAGAUGGAAAGUUAAUUGUCAGAGCGGGGGAUGUUUCUGGAGCUCAUCUAGAGGUUAACUGUCAUGUAGAGAAUGAACAUUUCUUUCAUUUGUGUGUUUUUAAGAAUGCAACCAAACUGUUUAUUUACUCAAUGUUGAAUUUCUGUCAAAUUCUUUUGUUUCUAAAUCAUAGUUUGAAAUCUUCAUUUGAAUUUCAUCAAUUUAAUUUACUGAUGUAGUUUACAUUUGUGGUAAAAGUUGUUCAAGGAGAGGAGAGCACAAAAAAGGGAAACUAAUACUAUUAAAUGAAAGCAACAGUUGUUGUUGUUCUGUCUGUACUUACAAAAAUAAAGUUAACUAACUGAA